AUGCAAGCUCUAAAUAAGAACACAACAAACUUUUCAAACUAUUCUAAGAUAUCUGAGUCAUUGAAAGAAGGAAACUUAAAACUGACGAUAAACCCAUUGACAGACGAGUUUCUGUUUCAAGACAGUAAGAACCAUACUGUUUGUAUAAAUCCAACAAAAGGAACUUUAAACGAGAAACCUAUAAAAGAACUUCUUUUGAAAGCAGAUGUUGACAACAAAGCUGACAAAGAGUAUGUCAUUGAAAAAGUUCAAGAAGAACAUGACAGAGCAGAUGCAACAUAUGCAACGAAAGAACAUACUCAUCCUGAACUAGCAGACAAAACAUAUGUUGACAAUAAAAUGUCAAGUGAAGUGACAAGAGCUGAAAACGAAUAUUCUAAAAAGACUCAUACACAUUCUAUAUCUGAUAUUACAAACUUACAAGAAACCUUAAACAGUAAAAGUGACGUUGGACAUACACAUACCAUUGCAAAUAUAACAAACUUACAAGAAACAUUAGAGACAAAAGCAGAUAAAACAUAUGUCAAUGAAAUAUACCAAAGUUUAGUUGGAACAAAAAAUAUUGAAACUAUUGUUGGUGACUUUUCUGUCAAUGAAGAAAACAAAUAUUUUAGAUGGGAGUUUGUACACUCCUUAAAAAAUGGUAUACGGUAUAAACUCAUUCCGAAAAAUAACAAUGAAAUGUAUGUAGGCUAUAUAAAGAAUGAUGGUACACAAGUUAAAGUUCCAUUAGACAACAACUGCUACUUAAACUUAUAUGGAGACGAACAAAAGAAAUAUUUAAGAGUUUAUGAAAUGGCAGAUAUGACAUUGCCUGACCCAGCUCCAGCACCAUAUUAUUAUGACUAUGGUGUUGACGCACGUGUAGACCCAAAAAAGCAAACAUUAUAUUUAGAAUAUUAUAGAUAUAAAAGAUAUAAUGCAAUAGAAAAAACGAGAAUAGUAUAUUAUUAUACAGAUGACAGAAAUAAAUAUUAUAGUCAAGAUUUUACCUACCCUGAAAACAUAAGAUUAUAUUAUAAAAAAUAUUCUGACACAAACCAGAAGAAACCUGAAAUA